AUCCGUCCGUCCAUCCAAUGCGAUGGUGUCGUUGGCGCGCCGGCCGCUCUCCGCCGCCGUACCUGCGGGCAACCUCCUCGGCAUCCAUCUCUUCCGGUGCCCCGACGCCGUUGGCAUCGUCGCCAAGCUCUCGGAAUGCAUCGCCUCCCGCGGUGGCAACAUCCACAGCGUCGACGUCUUCGUCCCCGACGACAAACCCGUCUUCUACUCCCGCAGUGAGUUUACCUACAAUCCAAGGCUCUGGCCGCGUCAUGAGCUCCACAAGGAUUUCCUCAAUCUCUCCCGCUGCUUCAAUGCGCAAACCUCCACCGUACGAGUUCCCGAUCUUGACCCCAAAUACAACAUCUCCAUCCUCGCAUCAAAGCAGGACCACUGCUUGUUCGAUUUGCUCUAUAGAUGGCAAGAAGGCAGGCUUCCAGUACACAUUAAUUGUGUCAUUAGCAACCAUGAUAGACCACAAGAUAAUCAUGUACGGCGUUUUCUCCAGAGGCAUGGAAUCCCAUACCACUACUUACCCACCGCACCUGCCAACAAAAGAGAGAAAGAGAUCUUGGAAUUGAUCCAGGGUACAGAUUUUGUUGUGCUGGCAAGAUACAUGCAGAUACUCUCAGAAAACCUGUUAAAAGCAUAUGGUAAAGACAUUAUCAAUAUUCAUCAUGGCCUUCUUCCCUCAUUUAAGGGAGGGAAUCCUUCAAGACAGGCCUUCAGUGCUGGGGUGAAGUUAAUCGGGGCAACUAGCCAUUUCGUUACUCCAGAACUUGAUGCUGGGCCAAUCAUUGAACAGAUGGUUGAACGAGUCUCUCACCGAGACACGUUACAGAGUUUUGUUGUCAAGUCUGAGAACCUUGAGAAGCAGUGCUUAGCAGAGGCUAUCAAGUCAUAUUGCGAGCUUCGUGUCCUACCAUAUGAACUCAGGAAGACUGUCGUGUUCUGAUCUGAGCUCCCUUUAUUUUCUGUCUUAUUGUACUUUUAUAUGGAUUGAUAAAAUGAAUUUUUUAGCU